CGACUCACUCAAAGGCAGCGGCGGCGAGCCACGCCUCCGCCGCUCUCUCCUGCUCUUCAGUCGGCGGGCGAUCGCCGGCGGCUCUUCCGGCGAACUCGCGAGUCGCCCCCCCCCACCUCCCCUCUAGCCUGUACUAAGGAAGGUAUGUCAUGUGAGGGGUGGUCUAUGGUCGCCGCCGCGCCAUGGCCACGAGCUUUUCGUGUUGAUUCUAGAAGGCUUGUAAUAAUUUAUUGGAUUUUGAUAAUUUAUUCGUGCAAUAUGGUUCGCGGUUCUGUUGAUGUGGCAAUCAAGGAGAUGGAGGCUUUAUGUAUCGGACAAAAUCAAGAAACCAAAGAGGAAGUCGGUUUUGAAACACAGGAGGCCUCAUUAAAAGCAAGCAAAGUUGCAGAUAGCAAAGGAGCUCCGUACUCACCACCAGAAAAUGAUGAUGAUGCAGAAGUGGACUAUCCGUCUCAAGAUGGAGCACAAGGAACAGUAAUAGCUGCCAAGAAGAAAAAGAAGAAAAGCAAAGCGAAAAAGAAGAAGGGACCUCUUCAGCAGACAGAUCCUCCAUCGAUCCCUGUUGAUGAACUCUUCCCAUCAGGAGAAUUUCCUGAGGGUGAGAUCCAACACUAUAAGGAUGAUAACUUAUGGAGGACAACUAGUGAAGAAAAGCGGGAACUGGAAAGAUUGCAAAAGCCAAUGUACAAUGCUGUUCGUCGGGCAGCAGAAGUUCAUAGACAGGUCCGGAAGUAUAUGAGAAGCAUUUUGAAGCCCGGGAUGCUAAUGAUUGAUCUAUGUGAAACUUUGGAAAACAUGGUCAGGAAACUUAUCAAGGAGAAUGGAUUGGAAGCUGGUAUUGCCUUUCCAACAGGAUGCUCCUUGAAUUGUGUUGCAGCUCACUGGACUCCAAAUGGUGGUGAUAAAACUGUACUACAAUAUGAUGAUGUGAUGAAGCUGGAUUUUGGGACACAUAUAAAUGGGUACAUAGUUGAUAGCGCAUUCACUGUUGCAUUCAAUCCCAUGUUUGAUCCAUUGCUUCAAGCAUCAAGAGAUGCCACAAAUGCUGGUGUUAAGGAAGCUGGAAUAGAUGCACGGCUAUGUGAUGUUGGCGCAGCAAUUCAAGAAGUCAUGGAAUCAUAUGAGGUUGAAAUUAAUGGAAAAGUAUUCCAAGUAAAAAGUGUGCGGAACCUCAAUGGACACGGCAUUGGGCCAUACCAAAUCCAUUUUGGGAAAUCAGUUCCAGUUGUGAAAGGUGGUGAACAAACAAAGAUGGAGGAGGGGGAAUUUUAUGCCAUUGAAACUUUUGGAUCUACAGGAAAGGGAUAUGUCAGGGAAGACUUAGAAUGCAGCCAUUAUAUGAAGAACUUUGAUGUUGGCCAUGUACCUUUGAGGGCAGCAAAAGCUAAGCAACUACUUGUGACGAUAAACAACAAUUUCGGAACACUUGCCUUCUGCCGGAGGUAUCUGGACCGGCUUGGUGAGACCAAGUACCUCAUGGCACUGAAAAAUCUGUGCGAUGCUGGCAUUGUUGAGCCAUGUCCUCCAAUGUGUGAUGUGAGGGGAAGCUAUGUGUCACAAUCUGAACACACCAUUUUGCUCCGGCCAACCUGCAAGGAAGUCAUAUCCAGAGGUGAUGAUUAUUGAUUGCAAUGGCUGUCCCUCUUGUACUGGUUUUGUGAGAUCAUUGCUCGCCAUUUUUUAUUUUGGGAAACCUGUAUACACUGUUGUAUGUAUCAUAUGAUAUCACUAUCAUAAGAUAAAUAAUGUGCAGUAAGCACCGUUUGUUGCUGCUGCUGCUUACCACUUGGCAGUUGGUACUCUUUAAAUAAUUUUUAGUGGAAGCUUGAUACUAUUUCGAAGCAUAGUCUUCAUUUUGCUGGAAAUGUGCCAAUCUGUUGUAUUUU